GUUUCUUUCACUAAAAAGCAUGCAAGUAAAACGAUGCGUAUUGUAGUUGGGGCACCUAACAUCUUCUUCUUCACGAGUUAGCCGCCUCUUCUUCGCAGAGCAACUGCAACUGGAGAUUCGCAGCAGCUGCAAGCGCAAGUUCGUUCUUUUAUUCUUCCUUCUUCUUCUUUAUUAUCUACCUCCGAAACCAGUAAAAACUAGCCUCUGUCGAAUCCAGAAGAAGAGGCUAAGUAUAUUGCUUAUUCACCCAUCUCUUUCUCUCUUCCUCGCUGUCGCUUCCCCUCCCUCUGCGGUGCAGAGCUUAAUCACAAUGAAGGUGAAUGUAAUAUCUCGGUCCACAGAUGAAUACACUAAAGAACGAAGCCAAGACCUCCAGAGGGUAUUCCGUAAUUUCGACCCCAGCAUCCGAACGCAAGAGAAAGCAGUGGAAUAUGUCCGGGCAUGUAAUGCCGCAAAAUUAGAGAAGAUUUUUGCGAGGCCAUUUGUUGGAGCAAUGGAUGGACAUAUAGAUUCUAUUUCCUGUAUGGCAAAGAAUCCAAACCAUUUGACAAGAAUAUUUUCUGGUUCAAUGGAUGGAGAUAUUCGGCUCUGGGAUAUAGCUUCCAGGCGAACAGUUCGUCAAUUUCCUGGUCACCAAGGUGCUGUGCAAGGUUUAGCAGUAUCUACAGAUGGGCGUGUUCUUGUUUCUUGUGGAACUGACAGCACUGUCAGGCUUUGGGGUGUACCUGUUUCUACUCUUCUGGAGGAUGAUGUCUCAUCUGAUAAAUCUGCUGUGCCACUGGAAACUUAUGUUUGGAAGAAUGCAUUUCGGGCUGUUGAUCACCAGUGGAAUUUUGAUCGUUUUGCUACAGGUGGAGCUGGAGUAGAUAUAUGGAACCACAACAGGUCUGCACCAGAGCAGAGUUUUGAAUGGGGAACAGACACAGUUGUAUCUAUAAAAUUUAAUCCUGGACAGCCAGAUAUCUUGGCCACAUCCGCAAGUGAUCGCAGCAUAGCAAUAUAUGACUUGCGCAUGGGGAAACCAGCAGCGAAGUUUAUUAUGAGGACAAGAACCAAUUCCAUUUCUUGGAAUCCAAUGGAGCCAAUCAACUUCACUGCU